AUGUGGCUACUUGGUUCAACUCCUGAAGUCAUGGAAGAGCGCCUGUCACCUUCUGCGUGUUUCGUCCGGAACCCCGGCAAUAACCAUAACACCGCAGCAGCGAGGGUUCACAGUAUUGAAGCAAUAUUGGGAUUUAAAGACGAAAACAUAUAUAAUCAAUCCGUCUCAUACAAUGGAUCAUCGGGGAAACUCGCCGAGCGGAGAGGGAACGGAAUUAUGUCAUCCCUGAAGAAAGAACACAACACGGAACGUUUUGACAGUGUCUGCUGCAGCAGUUCGGGGGCCUCUGUUAGUCCUGAUUUACCUGACGGGGAGGAUAAACUGUCCGAUGACGAUAACCCAAAGAAAAAGCACCGGCGCAACAGGACUACGUUCACAACCUUUCAGCUGCAUGAGCUGGAGAGAGCGUUCGAGAAGUCGCACUAUCCUGACGUCUACAGCAGAGAGGAGCUCGCGAUGAAAGUGAAUCUUCCGGAGGUUCGAGUGCAGGUGUGGUUCCAGAACCGUCGGGCCAAGUGGCGUCGCCAGGAGAAGCUGGAGGUGAGUUCCAUUAAGCUCCAGGACACCUCCUCUCUCCUGUCCUUCAGCCGCUCCCCUUCCCAGUCCUUGGGCUCCGGACUGCAGCUGGAGCCAUGGCUCAGCACUGCCAUCACCACCACCCCACUGCAGUCCCUACCCGGCUUCAUUACCAGCUCCUCUCAGGGCCUCCCAGGAGCCUCCAGCUACUCCCCUCCAGCCUUCCUCAACUCCCCCAGUUUUGGACACCAUAACCUGCCUCACAUUGGUUCUACGCGCCCUCUUCCUCCACCCCCAUACCAGUGCGCCGUGGCUGGGUACAUGGACAAGUUAGUCAUGGAAGAGUCGGAUCCUCGUAAUUCUAGUAUUGCGUCUCUGAGAAUGAAGGCUAAGGAGCAUAUUCAGUCUAUUGGGAAGACAUGGUGAGGAUGGAUGGAUGCUGUCUGCGUCCCUCUGACUGGGGCCAACACUUUAAAGACUACUACUUCAUGCAGUGUUGCUGCUCUAGUCUGUGGACAUGGAAGUUCUGUGCUGGAGGACUAGUCGACUCCACGAGAUUAUUGUUUCUUCUUCAGUGGUUUACAUCAUCGUCCCAGUCAGUGUUUUUUUGUGAAUUCUCAGUAUUGGAGGAGGAACAACCAUGUCUAAUUUCAGAUGUUCACAUCUUAUAAUGAACUUUAACUGUCAGUGUUAUGCUUGGAUUCACCAAGAUCCAUCCAGUCUGCUUUUAAUGAAAAAAUGAAGGAUGCCAUUGAGGAGAAAGUAGAAAAUUGAAAUGUUUGUCUAUGUUGUUCGCAACCUGCUUUCCUUGUCAUAAUUUCCAUCCCUAUUUGAACAAUUCUCUUGUGUUAUUCUGCUAAGACAAUCCCAUCCCAGGGUCAAUGUAUGUAUUGUUGUUUACCAACCCUUAUUUAGGUACCUUUCUUUCAGUAUUUUUCCAUUUUGUGCUGCUGACUUUACAAACGAACAAAUGUCAAUUUGCUGUAAUUAGUUUCUCUCUGUACGUCAAUGAUAUUAUGGAAAUAAACCUGUAUAUUUACAUCAACCCUCCAGGCUGACAAUGUGCAAACUCAUCCUUCUU